GUUCCCCCGGAUCUGUUCCUGGUCCCCUUCAAGUCACAGCCUGAAUCCGGGAGACCGGAGCCUUCAGCCUGGGCGGGGCGGCGCGGACCGGAAGGACGCCAUCCGGGCCUCGGCCAUGGAGGCUCCCGCGCUGUCCCUAACAGAGGAGGACCUGACUGAAGUGAAGAAGGACGCUUUAGAAAAUUUACGUGUUUACCUGUGUGAGAAAAUCAUAGCUGAGAGACAUUUUGAUCAUCUACGUGCAAAAAAAAUACUCAGUAGAGAAGACACGGAAGAAAUUUCUUGCCGAACUUCAAGUAGAAAAAGAGCUGGGAAGUUGUUAGACUACUUACAGGAAAACCCCAAGGGGCUGGACACCCUCGUGGAAUCCAUUCGCAGGGAGAAAACACAGAACUUCCUGAUUCAGAAGAUAACGGAUGAAGUGCUAAAGCUUCGUAAUAUAAAACUGGAGCAUCUCAGAGGUUUGCAGUGCAGCAGCUGUGAGCCCUUUGCCGCUGCCGCCACCAACAACCUUUCCAGGUCCAAUUCAGACGAGAGUAAUUUCUCAGAAAAACAGAGAGCAUCCAUGGUCACGUACCAUCCGGAAGGAGAAUCGAGCACCGCUCCCUUUUUCUCCACUGAGUCUUCUCUGAAUUUGCCAGUCCUGGAAGUUGGCAGAACUGAAAACAGCAGCUUCUCCUCUGGCACUCUUCCUCGACCUGGGGACCCCGGGGCCCCUGCUUUGCCCCCAGAUCUGCAGUUGGAAGGAGGAACUUGUGGAAACUCGAGCGAGAUGUUUCUGCCCUUACGGUCACGUGCUCUCUCACGCCAGUGACGCUUCACUGCCUAGUGUUGAAACAUGUUGUGAAUGAUAGAAUCUUUUUAUAAAACCACUGUAACAGUA